ACGUAAACACGGUAUCACAAAGCUCAAACUCGAUUUUGGGGGGUAAUAAAGCCACGCCCCUCUACCACGUAAUAUGGUACUUCUGUGGCCGGCCGGGGUACGUUAGAUAAGAGCGCCGACGACGCCGCCGAGAACCGCAACAGCUAAAGUUAGCCCGGAAAAACCUAACUCUUCUCCUGUUCCUCGUCCGUAAAUUAGCUGUGCUAUUCUUCAGGAUCUACCACAGGUUCGAACCUCAAUUACUUUAAAAAGAAUCUUCACAACGUGGUCAUGUCUCAACACAAGUCAAAAAGAGCGAGAAAAGAUGAAAACAACGGGUCAAAUGAAUUCUUCCCAGGUAUUAACCAGAUAAAGUACAAGCCAGAUGCCAAACCAACUGAUUUGCUGUGCUAUAAACAUUACAAUGCAGAUGAGGAGGUCCUUGGAAAGAGCAUGGCAGAGUGGCUUCGGUUCUCUGUGUGUUAUUGGCACACAUUCAGGGGUGUAGGUCUGGACCCCUUUGGAGGACCAACUAUUAGCAGACAUUGGGAUGAUGGAAGUGAAAGCUUAGAGAAUGCCAAGAGACGAUUAAGGGUAGCUUUUGAGUUCUUCACCAAACUAGGUAUCAGAUACUGGUCAUUUCAUGACAGAGAUAUAGCACCAGAGGGUGCUACAAUAGAAGAAUCAAAUCACAAUCUUGAUGAGAUUGUUAAUCUUGCUCUGGAACUCCAGAAUAAAACAGGAGUGAAGCUACUCUGGAACACUUGUAAUCUAUUCUCACACAAAAGAUACAUGAAUGGAGCAGCCACCAACCCAGAUGCUCAUGUUGUAGCAUACGCUGCAGCAGCUGUCAAGAAAGGACUUGAGAUUGGGAAGAAACUUGGCGGAGAAAACUUUGUUUUCUGGGGAGGACGAGAGGGCUACCAAAGCCUGCUCAAUACUGACCUACAGGGAGAGCUCUCUCACAUGGCUAACUUCUUUAAGAUGGCUGUUAAAUACAAGAAUGAGAUUGGAUUUACUGGUCAGCUAUUGAUUGAACCCAAACCUAAAGAACCUACCAGACACCAAUAUGAUUAUGAUGCAAUGACUGUGAUCGGUUUCUUGCAGCACUUUGAUCUUGAGAAUGAUUUCAAACUGAACAUUGAACCAAACCAUACCAUGUUAGCAGGACAUGCCUAUGAACAUGAUAUUGUUAUGGCUUCUGCUCUUCGUAUGCUUGGAUCUAUUGAUGCUAAUACUGGAUCACCUGAUCUUGGUUGGGAUACUGAUCAGUUUCCUAUGGAUAUCAGAGGAGCUGCUGCUAUAUGCAAGUGCAUCAUAGAUCAGGGUGGUUUAGCUCCUGGUGGUUUAAACUUUGAUGCUAAGGUACGUCGCGAAUCAACAGACUUAGCAGAUAUGUUCUAUGCUCACAUUGGAGCAAUGGAUUCCUUUGCUAGAGGGCUACGAAUCGCUGCUAAGCUCAUCAGCGAUGGACAUCUUCAAAAGAUGGUAGAGGAUCGUUAUUCCAGCUUUACUCAUGGCAUUGGACUGAAAAUUGCAGAAGGAACGGCUACUCUUCAGGAAUGUGAGGCAUUCAUCAAGAAAGCUGGAGAGCCCUCAGUGACCUCGGGUCAACAGGAGAAAUAUGAAUCGCUUGUCAAUCGCUAUGUUUAGAUCUCAUCAUAGUGCUUGCAUUCCAGCUUGCCGCCCAUUUAUUGGUUUGGCCAUAUAACUCUUGAUGCAGAAAUUGUACAAAUCAUUCGUAUAUUUUGUUCAUUGGUAAUGGUUAAUGUACUCAUUUUCUUCACUUUGUGUUAUCUUUGAACUGUCCAUAAAAUGUUUCCAGUAUAAAUCAUGUCUGAUGGUAGAUAUACCUGCAAUUGGCAUAGAGAAUUGUUUGUUGCAGUGUGGUGGAUAUAUGUUCAGAAGAUUUUGUAGAUUAUAUGUAUAUGUAUAUGCAAUUAGUAUUCGUUUUGUAUGAAUUAAUUGAAAUGAAUUAUGGACUAAACAUUUUUUUUUCCUUUCCCAUUGUUUGUAUGCUCAUUGUUAUAAGCAAAGCAUUUAAGAAUUUUGUGUGAGUUUCUUUUUUGAUAUGAUGUGUAAGUUUGCCAUUAAUUUGAAUCUCUUAAAACAAUAUUUGAUUACUGUAUUUUGAUAUUGAGACAAUUACAAAUAUUCACAAUCAGUUUUAUCGAUCAUUUAUUUUAUCGAUAUUUGAACCGAUCUUUUUUAUUGUCAUGAUUGCAUUCGUGGAAAUUAAAUAAAAUUAAUAGAUCAAUCCUCUCAAUUAUUAUACUUGAUAUAAUUGAUUAUUAAACUGUAUAGUGCAAUUUUAAUUCUAAAGAAGGUAACAUCUAUAUGUGAAAUGAGGGUCAAAUAUCCAUAUGAUGUAUUAAAUUAGUCAUUUGAGUUAUAGCUAGAUCAAAGCAAAAGUUGGUAUUGACUUUGUUUUCUGUAAGACAUACAUUAUUGAAAAAUUCUGCAUCUGCUGCUAUAUGUUUAGAUAGUAUCUCAUAUGUGUCCAGUCCAGAGAAGGAGUCAUUAACUCUCCUUACGAUACUAUUUGGUAUGUAAUGUAUGGGAUACACAAUUGAUUGUAAUUGAUGUAACAAAUAGUGUGUGAAAUAAUUAUUUUCUUCCAAAGUAACAUAUUCUUAUGUAAAGCCUGUCUACAUUGUUGGUAAAGGGUCAUUUAUGUGAAUUAGACUCAAGUAUCAUUUAACAUUCCCAUAUUACAAAAGUGUUGAAGGCAUGGAAUGUGUUUCAACAGCAAUAAGAAUUUAAAUUUUGCAAUUUUUCAUCUUCGAGAGUUUGAAUGUGGCAUCUAGCGCCCUCUCUUGAUAAUGUUUUUCUUUUUUUUUAAAUAGCCCUUUGAACACUUACUAGUACUUUACCAAUUUAGUAAUUGGGUAUAGAGUACCAAAGUUACCAUGGUGUCAUGGCAGGCUGGUUCUAAACAAAUGAACCCAGAAUGAAAGCGUGUGUUUCUUAGGAGAAAAUGGCUGCUAUCGGAAUUUGAUCGCUUGCAACCUCUUUUUCAGAUGAGCCAAAUUCAUACAAAUGUGUACGGACGAUCGUCAGCUGUGACUAUGUUUAGAACCAGCCCACCAUGACACCAUGGCAACUGAUGUCACACUUCUAUCAGAAAGCUACUGACAUUCAAUGUUUGAGUGGGGUUUUAUGUAAACAAGAUAUAAACAUGCAGAGAUCAUGUACUUGAUUGAAUUCAGUUUUGAUGUAAAAUUGCUGGUAAUUUUAAUCCCCAUAACACUUUUAUCUGAUAUCCUUUGUAUCAUAGCUUGUUUUAGUGCAAGCACAUUCAAUAUUAAUCUAGAAAUGAAUAAGAUCAGUGACACUGAUAUUUUGGGCAUUUACCAAAACUAGAGAUAGGCUUAAAGUGAGAAUUGUUUGCCUAAAGUAAUCUUUUCAUAUCUGUUAUAGAUCUUUAUAAUAGAUAUGUCUGUCAAUUUUCUAUUAUUCUUCUUAGUGAUUAUGAAAGCUUGUUUUUAACCAAUGUUUCCUCAUUUAUUUGUAUAAAUUUGAUUUGUAUUAUCAAGAAGAAGGUAAUACUGUGUGAUACUGCCUUAGUGUAAUAGAGAUAAAUUACUUCGUAGGCCCCCCCCCCCCAUCAAACCUUUAGAUAUUACCUUUUUCUCUAAUGCCUUUCAAAAAUAAUUCAAAUUUCUGAGUGUAAUUGAUUUAUAUGUUAAAAAAUAGAAAUGUCCUGCAAAUAUUUAUAAUUGAAUCUUGCCUUAACAACUCAAAGAAAUUAUUUUUCUCAUUUUAUGCAAUCCAGAUAUUCUAGAAUUCGUGCAAAUUGUAUAUUUGAAAUUCAUUUUCAUCAUGUUUUGUGAAACCCAUUGGUGCACCAAAAAAUCUCUUUUAUACUCUUUAUACAUUAUUUUUCUAUACAUGUAUUUCAUUCUAGGGUUUAUGAGAGUCUGUUUUUAUUAAUCUCUUAUCUUUAACGUCAGAAUUUUCUAUGCAUUGAUUUUGUAUAAACAAGAAGUGAAUUGGUAAUAGUAAAUUAACUGUCAAACAGUCAAAAAUUCUAUGUUUGUGCAUUGGUAAAAAUGAAAAGGAGGGAUAUUAAAUUCAGUCAUCUAACAUCAAAAUAUAAUUCUAACUGGAA